CAGCAGAUCUGGUGCAGUGCUUCAGUGCAGUUGAUGCUGUGAUAUGUGAAAUCCCACGAGGAAAUUGAGCCCUUAAACUAGUGCUGCUUUGUUUUUGACUAAUUUAGGUGUAAAAAAUGGUUCAGCGCCUGACCUACCGCCGUAGGUUGUCCUACAACACAGCUUCCAACAAGACCAGACUGUCCCGAACACCCGGGAACAGGAUUGUUUACCUUUACACCAAGAAAGUGGGGAAGGCACCAAAGUCGGCAUGUGGUAUAUGCCCAGGAAGACUUCGUGGUGUUCGUGCCGUGCGUCCUAAAGUUCUUAUGAGGCUGUCAAAAACAAAGAAGCAUGUUAGCAGAGCCUAUGGUGGUUCCAUGUGUGCUAAGUGUGUCCGUGACAGAAUCAAACGAGCUUUUCUUAUUGAGGAGCAGAAGAUCGUUGUAAAAGUGUUGAAGGCACAAGCACAGAGCCAGAAGUCAAAGUGAAUCAAUUUGUAGGUCCAGCCCAAUAAAUGAAAGCUCCACUUU